AUGACCAAGAUCUGGGCAGAAACCGAGGGACUAUCCCAAACCGAUGCCGAUGGGAUUUCACACUUUGUCACAGACGAGACAGUCAUGCUGCUCAUGCAAGAGUGGGCCGACGAGCAGCUGUCCACCUCGGGCAGCCCAGCCCUCCCAGACCACCAGGCCCUCGCGGCGGCAUCACGGCCAGACCCCAGCGCCACCGAGCACCGUGCACCAGCCGCCCGGCUAGUCCUAGACUGCCUCGGCGCCCUCACGGCGCACCGCUCGUGCGACCUGCCUUGGGACUUUGGUCGAAUCGGGUCCGACGACAUCCGCAUCCGGGCCGAGGAGGUCCUGCUCCGCGCCAUGCAGCUGUACCUGCUGACUUAUGCCUCGUCGGAUCCGCGGGUCGAGGCCAUGUGUCCGACCACGGGCGAACAGGCGUUUGGGCCCUGGCCGGGUUAUGAUCCGGUCGCGACUUAUCGGUUUGAUGCCCCGGGACGGGCUGCAGUUUGCGGAAGUGAAGGGUGGCGGUGA